UGCUGUUUUGUUGUCAUUAACAGCAAAACUUCAACAAGUCUCCAAUGAGCAUGGGCCCUCGAGAGCUUGGCUACGGGCUCGAUGAUGAUGAGCUGGACAGUGCAAGCAAGAUCUCCUCAGAGGACAGCGGCGAUGUUCCUUCGUACCUCGGGGACAGCGAUGAUUCCUACUCACUAGAACUCGACAUAGACUCCUCCCGCUCAGGCCAGAUGAACCUGCUGGAGGAAAUCCUAGACUCUCUGAACACCACAACGGUGGAGCAAGGCAGGCUCAGCGCUGCCAAGAGCCUGGACUUCUUCAGGUCCAUGGAAGAGUUGGACUACAAAGCCCUGAGCAAGCCCACACCUUCUGGCGAAUGUAAACCUGCGGAUGAGAGUGGCUGUGGUGGAGGCAUGGAUCAGGGAGGCUGGAAUAUGGGCCAGGAUGACAGCGCAGUCCACGGAAAACACCUUCCCCCAUCCCCGCGCAGACAGCCCAACAAGAGCAGCAUGAAGGUGUCAAAGAAACCCGCGACAGCUCCUGCUGUGUCCAUCAUCACAUCGACACCCUCAGCCCAGGACGCUGACAUCUUCAUGUCACAUCCUCAUCAACCCAGCUCUGACCUUCACACUCUACCUCUAGGGCGACAACCAGGAGACCGCUUCUCCUACUCGCCCUUACUGUCCCAUAGAGUUACACCUAUGCCACCAUCUUCCAAUCUCUCUCACACCUACAGUUCUCCAGCAUCUGUUUCACACCCAAACUAUUCUCCUGUACCAGCAGGCCGAUCUCGGACCAUCUCGGACCCCCAAGCCAGCACAGAGCUUCCUCAGGCCCAGAACCUGUCUUCCUCCACCAGCGUCCUAAGGAGGAAGGUGCUGUCCAAGGAGACAGUGAGGCACUACCAGGAAAAAGCCCUCCAGAGGCAGGGCAGCAAGGGCCGACAGGAGGGUCAAGGGAACCCGUCAAGGAACAGCCACUCAGCUAUGCAGGUCCCGUGGGAGAAAGAGGUGUCCAAGGAGGGGCUCCUGGAGCUCGGCCUGUGUCUGGGUCAGGCUAAAGGCUCAGGGGCGGCUGUGGUGCAGGAUCAAGGCCUCCUCGAGGAGAUUGAGUCCAUGUGUUGCCUCGGCUCAGUCCUCCACACCAGCCUGCAACUUUCACAGGUUCACUGCAACAACAGUCACCACCAGGUCCAGGGCAAAGCCACAGACGAGUCGUAGGGAUGUCAAAGACCCAGCGUCUGUAAAAUGCCACAGUUUCUACUGAAAUCUAUUCACUGUAGUUCCUCUAUUACAGUUAGCUGCAGUCUCAGAGAGCAUGAUCGGUACUGAACCUUUUACUCUUGAUGCUCAGCUAUCAGGAAAAAAUUGUGAACACAUUUGAUGUCAUACAGGCAGAAACAAACAAAUACUCACAACCUCUAGAGCAGGAAACACGAAGAGAUGAAUAGGUGUCCUCUCAUCUUCCGAUGUUAUUUCUGUGUAAAAUAGAAGUCUAUCAACAAAAGCGAAAACUUCUGCCAGUGUCUGUUUUCUUGCAAUUAAUGUUUUUCUUUAAAAAGACUUGCAGUACAUUCAUUUGCAUUGGAAACACGUUAAAAUAAUGGUACUACAGUGGCGGAUUUUUUCAUUUCCAGUGCAAGAUAGGUGAUUUUCCUCUGAGUGAAUUGGGUACUCUGCUAAAAUGACAAGUUAGGAUUUUAUAAAGUUUCACGUUCAUAAAACAAGUGAAUGAUUUUGUGAACUGAGAGAGCAGCACUUAAAAAACACAAACUUGAGGCCAUAUUUUGAGAUUUUUCUUGUGGUUUUGAGGUACCCUCCAACUUGUUUUAAAUAGAUAUAACUUUAUGAAUUCAAUUACAAAAAAGAAAGACUUGAUCAGAAGAAUACUUUAACAUUGUUUUUACUGCUCAUCAUAGUAUUUCAGUCUGUAAUCAUCUAAAUUUAUGGACAACUGUGUGUUGUUGUUUUUUUCAUCUUGUAACAUAUUUUACCUGAAAGAAAAGACCCAUAAAUUAUUUGGGUCAAAUUUAAGUAGCCAACUAGUAAUGGAGGAAUUUUCAUUUUCUUUUAGAAAAGAUGUGAGUGCUUUGUUAGGAUUAAAAAAGGGAUGAUGUCUUCUCAACACACUGUUAUGUCAGUCUUAGACUUACUGUUCCAAACAUUUUACAGGAUCAAAUUAAAUUUCCACUUGUAGAUUGAGUACUAAAAAUCAUUUGAGCAAAAACAACAAAGUUAGACAGGAUUUUCCAGACACAAAGUCCACUUGGGCCUUUGAAACAAAUUAUACACUGUGUAUUAUACAUGUUUUUUUUAUCACCAUGCCUUAAGUGGACAUGUGAUUUGCUUUUGAUUCUCUGGUGUCUUAAUCUAUAGAUACCAUAACAGGUACUUUGGAAUCAGAAUCUCUGAUACUCUCAGAUCUUAAAUGCAACAGUGAAUAGUUCUUAGACAGCACUGUAUUUCUCUGGAUUAAUAGAAUAGUUAAUAUAUAUGUAUAUGAUGUGCUUUAAGCUGCUGUUUUUAAUUGCAUUCCAGAUAAUGAGAUGUGCAUGUAGAAACCUCUCUCUGUCCUUUCCCUGUGUUCCUCAGGACACUUCUGUCACUCUGAAGAGUGAUCUUAAAAUGCCAGUGUCAGUGUUUCCACCAUCAUCACUCUUCCCCUAAUGUUGUAUCUCCUAAUUUUUUGUCGUUACGUCCUUUCAGCACAUCUAACUUUCACUCUCAACCUCAACAAUAUUUGGAAUGGAUGUGGAAAAGGUGAACUUUAAAGCAUAAGGCCGGUGAUAUUCUGCAUUUUCUUAUUGUCUUAUGAAACAAAGCGUUACUCCCUCUCACGAUGCGUUCAAACUUCUUUCUGGACCAGUCCCCGAGCCCAUUUCUUCCUACUGAAAAUAUCAAGUAGAGCACACACAUAUUGUUUAAUUUUUAGUUUUUAAAACACUUUUAGCAAAUGUUACUCAAACAUGAUUAAAUAAUGCAUUUGUUGGUUUGUGGUCCUUUCGUAUUAUUUGUUCAUAUUAAGAAAGAUAUGCAAUAUCACCAGCUUUAUCACAUAACUCAGUGUGUUUUUCUUUCUGUCUGUCUCUGUCACUCUCUGUCCUUGUAGGUUGGACUCACGCACUGUUAUGUAAUGCAGUGUUGAUGAUUGUACUGUAAUGAAGCAAUACGGUUCUCCUCGGAGAGUAGCUACAUGGAUGUAAUGUGUACAGAGUCCAAAGUAUUUCCAUAACAGACUCUCCUGUGGAGAGAAACGCCGCGUCCAGAAAUUGUGGGUUCCCAUCAUUCUCUGCCACAAACCUAGAGGAAAGAAGAAAGCUUUUUCUUGUGCUUAUGUUGGGAUUAUUACAUUUAUGGUUCGUUGUUCUUAUGAUUUAUGGCAGACGCCAGUCGGUGUGGCAGUUUAAUAGCAGCUAUUUCUCUGCUUUUUGAGUGCUGCUCUGCGUUAACGAUUUGCUCAUAAAGUCUUUGGCGUGCUUCUAAAAGCCCAGGAAUCAGUCCUAGUAAUUCCAAAAAGGAGAGAAAAAAAAAAACAUACUCCAGAACGAACUCUGCACUGGCCUUAUUCAUUGUAAACACUUUAAAAAACGUAUUUACUAUGCAAAUAUUUAAAUUAUCAAAAAAAGGUCAGUUCUCUUUAACAGUUAUGACGUAAAAAUGCACGAUUCUACUUGAAAAAUAAUCACAAUCAAGCUAGUUUCUAGUGGGAGUAAGCCUCGUGUCCCUAAGUAAAAAUAUGAAAGUCUAUUUAACUGUGUGUGAGCUGAGGUGUGUCCAUGAGUGUUACUGACAGAAUGGUGUGUAUGGUGUGCCUUAUACAGCAAGAGUACCACUCAGUAUAAUCAGAACAAGGUAAAGUAUUAUAGAAAGGAGGUGUAUGCAAUGUUUUUAGACCACCUUAAAUCAUUGGACGUUAUGGUAUUUAUAUGAUAAACAGACACAAAACCUGUUUUGGUUUUUAUAAACUGGCCUGAAAUGAACUUGGGUACUAGCAUUGCUUUUAUAGCUGUUUUGUUUUUGAGUUUCGGCUGCAGUCCAGCUGGAGUUACUCAGUGUUUUUCUUUGCUGCGGUGGCCGGUGGGAAUCUUCCUGCCUGUAUUUAAGAGAACAUCUCUGAAUUUCUCUGGGUUAUUUGACUUUUUGUAAAUUAGGUACUUUCCUUGCUUGUACUAAUAAAUGGUUACAUGUAUAGUUUGUGCCCUCUGUUCUUUUCUCUUUAAAAAAAAAACAACCUUGAAGACUCAUUCUGAGCUAACUAUAUUGAAAAACAUUUCUCAGAGGAGUUUCUCUAGUUGAUUUCAUAUUGAUGAAAAAUUAUUUUCAACUGAAUAGACUGUAUUUUUGCUGGCUUGAGUUUAUUUUACAUGGAUAACAUAUGAUUGGUGUUGUAUGUUGUAGAAAAUGAUGACACCUAAUAUUUGAAUGUUUUAGAUUUUAUUUUUGGAAGAAAAAAAUAGAAUAUUAACAAAUGUCCCAUGUAGCCUUUCAUGUUCAGAAGCAUUUGACACCUUCUAAUCAAAAUAAGCACAUGGUACAAUACUAAUUGUUGUAUCUGCAUGUAUGUACCUGUACAUGUUGUAUACUAUGAUUUUGUUAAGUUUAGUGUUACAGAUGUGGUCUCUUCUGUUGGUUUAAAUGUUUAUUUCAGUAUUUAGCUCUUCCAUCAAAUUGAGAAUGAUGGAAAUAACAUUGGCCCUGCCUUGCAUUGGGUGUCGUAAAGUUAAAUGUCAUCUGCCUUGCAUUUUAUGUAGAAGAAAUAAUCUCUACUUUACUGGUUACUGUAAAUCUUAUCCGUAGAGGUUUAUGGGAAGAAAUACUUGAGCGGUCAGCUGCUGUUAAGGGUGAUAUGAAAAGCUUAAGUGUCCCUCUUUUACCGUUUACACUAAUGUUGUACAAGAAUGAAGACAUUGUCAGGGGAUUGGCAUUUCAGUGUCUGCAGGCUUGUGAUAACUAAGCAUACAUGAUUAUCUGCUAACAAUAGAGGGUAAAGUAAUCAGUAAAUAUAUAGUGAGCACAUUUGUCCUGAAAUUACUAAUUUGGAGUGAGUGGGAGGUGACAGAUUAUGUAGCAGCGUUUACUGAGGUAAUAUGGAGUGAGAACACAUGUUCAACUUUACAAAUUAAUUAACAUCACUUCCCCUUAACUACACAUUUAAAAAAAAAAAAUUCAGAGUAGUGAUGACCUUGGGCGCGUUAAAGUAACCAACUUUUUGUAAUGAUAAUUAACUCUAUUGCCAUUUACUGAUUUUCUGAUUCUGUGCACACUUGCAUGUUCUCAUUGCAGAGAAAAUGUCUUAAACACCUGAGGUCAAUCUAAUGUGCUAUUCAUGAGUAACUUGGUACAACUGCACAUAAUGUAUGCACUGUGAACUGAAAAUAAAUUAUACUGUUUCCUGCU